UUGGGGCGGGUAAUGGGAAGCGGAAGCUAUUUAUUUGUAUAUUUUCCUCCCGUUUCUAGAAAAUGAAAAUUAAUUGUCAUGUUGGCUGAUUAAAAAUCAAACUCGAGUUAAGAUAAACAUUGAAUUCGCUAAGGAUUGCGGUUCUGCUACAUCCUAAUCUGAAAAGGAAACCUGAUGUGUCUGCGCGCGUUUAAGCGCCCUCAGAAUGACAUCAAAUAGUCGACGAGAAAAUUGGUUGUCUGUGGUGGCGUUUGACCUUGCCUCAGUAAAGAGGGAGUGAAUGUUUUAAAACAUCAGAAUUGUGGGCGCGCUAUCAUUAUACAGUAUAGGAGCCUCCUGGUGGUUAGACUGCACGUUGAAUGCAGCGGAACACUGCACAGAGCUGAACAAUGCAGAUUUAAAACACCAACAACUAAAAAGAUGGCAAUAUCCGAAUUGUGGGCCAGCAGCUGGAACAAGGCAGGCCAUACCUAAUAAGGUUUAUGUCAUUGUAUUAUGCUGAAAGGCCAUAAUUUACCACAGAAUUGGUGAUCAUUGAAUUGACGAUCACCAACUUUAAAUGAUAGAUUUUUACCCCAUACUUUUAUCCCUUUUAUUGGAGUUAGACUUUUCAGCACAUAUUUAUUGCAUAAAGCAAUCACAUUUAUGUUCUAGGUACCCAAACCAUUUACAUUUUUCGUCAAAAUCAGAAUUUUUUUGGUCAAGAUGGCAUACUCAAUGGAUUAUAUUCAAGAGUUAUUUGGAGGAGAUGUCUUCAUCUGCACAGAGUGUGGAGAAGGUUUUAGGCAGUACCCAAAACUAGUUGAACACAUGGCCAUUCAUGGACUUGCUGGCUUGUUUUUCCCUGAUGUUUUAAACAGUAGUAAUGAUAGUAGUAUCAACACAUCCAUUGAGUUUGCUCUCCACGAAAAUGGAACUCUCACUGUUGUUGAUCGAUCUUUGUUGUCUAAAUUUUCUUUCUUAUUUGGAAAACCUGCAUCCAAGUCAUUAUGGUACCAAACCCCUAAUCAAGGUGCCUUAACUUCAUCUAAAAUGGCAGAGAAGGAGUGCAAUCAGUUUAGAUGUGAAAGAUGUGGACAAUUGUUCAAAAACCAAAAGAGCUUGCACCUGCAUCAGCAAUACCGUGCCCUAGAGCAGGGGUUCAAGUGCACCCUUUGCUGCAAGGUGUUUAAUGACCGGGAGAGUCUGCAGAGCCACCUUCAAAACCAUGCUCAUGAACGGUUUUAUAGUUGUGGACACUGUGGAAAACGAUUUUUAAGAAAGGAGGCCUUGUCGUCACACCAAAAACAAGGGCAUGGAUCUCUUGGUCCCAAAGCUUUGAUAGAGGAAGAACAAGAAAAUAGAACGGAUAGGUCUUAUCCUUGCAAAAUCUGCGGUUUAUGUUUCUUUUGGUUAUCUGACUUGCAGAGCCACCUAAACAGUCAUUCUCGUGUCAGCAAGUCCCCCAGGGAUCCCACACGAGAUCUUAAAAUACUAGAGGAGAAAGACAGUAAGACAAAUGAUAGUGAUUCACUUGAUCUGCCAUAUCGUUGUGGCUUGUGUGGAGUGGAUUUCAACCAAAUGUCAGAAUUAAAAGACCAUCAUGCAUUUCAGCAUCCAGAUAAGGAUGAAGUUCAGGACUCUUCAGAUUCACCAGCUAAAAUUAAACGGCAGUCCUUUGGCCACUCUGGUAUAAUACGUCAGAUGGUUUCAAAAAACCAAAUGCGACAAUUCGAUCCAUUAAGGUCAAGGACGAGAGGUAGACCUAGAGGAGCUAACAGGUUACAUUUUGCUGGUAAACUAUACUCCUGCAAACUGUGCCAUUGUGCAUUUGUGCACUCAAGCAGUCUCUCUCGUCAUAUGCGUUACCAUAAGGGUACUCUACAUGCUUGUGUUUAUUGUGGGAAACACUUUCCUCAAAGAUGUGAUCUCACAAGGCAUGUCGCCAUACACCACAGUUCAGCGCUACUACCAAAAGCUUGUGGGGUAUCAAAGACAGAAGGCAGGUAUGAAAGCAGUAAACAGGAACUUGUGAAAGCAUCAACACCAACUAAAGGUGACAAGGAUAAUGAACGAGAGGCUCAUGAAGAAGAAACCGCAUUGUCAUAUUCUUCUUUGCAGAAAGAAAUGCAUUUGUCAUAUGAUGAGCUGUCAUUAGAUUCUGAAGAAAGGAGAACUUUCAAGCCAAAAAUGAGCUACAAAUGCAAAGAAUGCUGUCGAGUCUUUGGAUUGCUUAGUGUUUAUCAGCGACAUGUUAAUUUCCACAAGCGAGAUACCAGCAAAAUCUUGCUCAGUUGCCCUUGCUGUCCAUGCCGCUUUACAUUCCGCUCUGCUUUGGAUCGUCAUCUUGAGAAACUGCAUAACGAUGGCUCUGUGAAGGAUAGUACAAAAUCUCCUGCGAUUAAUUUAGUUGAUUCCACUAUUCAACAUGAGGAAGUUGACGCUGAAAAGCCUGAUGCAAAUACUGAUGUUGGUAUGUUAUCUGAAGGAUUUUUUGAAUGCUGAAUGGACCCAGACUUAAAAAUAUAUCAACAUAAGAAUGCUCAUAUUUGAAUUAUAGUUAAAUAUUAGCUAAAGAGCAACAUGCAGGUUGAAUUUAUAACUGAAUUAAUACUUUAUAUUGUCUGCAGAGGUCUUUUAAAAACACAUAUGUAGAAAUUACUAAUGAAAUCUCAUUUGAUGUAGAGAUUUUGAUGAAAAUGUGCUAGGCUCUGGAAUACGCCUUUUCCGCUAUCAACGCGUCAUAUGACGUAGGGCGAGGCAAACAAAAGAGCUUGCGGUCAGCUCUCAUUGUGGGUGUUGAUGUAGUUAGAGCAGUACAGAAAGUUUUAGAGAAGCCAUAAUGGUAAAUUAUUGUGUUUGUGCUGGUUGCACGAAUUCCAGCCUGUCAGGACAUCGUGUCCAUCAUUUUCCUUCUAGAAAAAACAAGGCUUUUCGGUCUUGAGUGCGUUUAGUGCAGGUGAAGAGAGCAGACUUCACUGCCGCGUCUGUUACCACACACUCGGUCGUUUGUGGCGCACAUUUCACUCCGGAGAAUUAUCAACCUGGAGAUUUGUUGGAGUCUCGGAUGGGAUUUCGGAGUAAGGACCACGUGAGGCUGAUUACUGAUGCUGUUCCCUCGGUGCACUCGAUGGAAUCAAGUCCACCGUCAAAGUGUACACCGGAUUUUGGCGCUGGCUGGACUGGAGGACAAAGUGCUAACGUUAGCAGACAUUCUGUGCAACGAAAACGAGGACUUAGCAGAGUAAGUCUUACUUUUAAUUAUUUUAACUCUUAAUUUACUCAUAAUUAUAGGCCUGUGGGCCAUCAUAGGCAUGUUCGUCCACACCGGAGAACUCGGUUUCUUCAUUCGCAUUCAUUGUAACCUGAGCUUGAACUUGACCAGACUCCCUCGCCCAUCGUCACUUCCGGUUAGUGCUUUAUAGACGCGGAAGUUAUUUUAUCACAAUUUAUCUCAAAAUAUCGUUAAUGGCUAAAUAUAUAUUACUCCAGUUCAGAAAAUCUAGUUGUUUUAUCAUCAACAUACACUAUGCUAUAUAGGGGUGUCCAACCUGCAUGUUGCUCUUUAACAACUUUAUUUCCAGUUGCGUGAUUCCCACUAUUUUUUUAAAUGGUAUACUUGUGUAGUGGUUAGGUUCUCUGAUGAAACUCCUUUUGUGUUGCACUUGUUGUGCAUAAAAUAUUUUCUUUUACCAAAAUCUGUUUAACUUUUUCCCAUUUGUGAAUUCCUGUUUUUUUUUUUUCUUCUUAUUUGAAAAAGGACAUAGAAUCUGUGUGCAGACACAACUCAAUAGAGCCUUUUAUGAAGUCUUUUAAUGAGCAGAAUGUUUGAAAUUACUAAUGUUCUAGAGAUUAAUUUUUCAAACAAGGCAACCAUUUGAACUUUAUUUGCUAAAAAAUAAUUCUUAAGAGCACAGUUCUGCUUUAGUUAAAAAUAUAAAUAUUAUGUACCUUUUAGACGCACUUUCAUAACUAAUAGUCUAGGUUUGAUGUUUAACCCAAAAUUCCACUGUUUUGUUUUUUUUUUCUCAAAUUGUAAUUGUUUUUGUACUAGUAGUGAUGCAAAAUAAAAUAUUUUUACCAUUCUCAAACAUAAGUUAAACGGUUUUUACAAGUCUACUUUUACAUGAUUAUAUAUGAUUGUUUUUGUUGAAGAAUUGUAAUUAUUGAAUUUAUUAUUAAUGUCUCAGAACUGUAGAUGUUUGCAUGUUGCAAUACAUGAACAUUUCUUUAACUUUGUGUAAUCUAAAAAGCAGGAAAAAUGUGGUUCAAUUAAAAAAACACUUAACUAGCAAGAGAUAGACCAU